UUGGGUGCAUUUUAAAACAAGCCAAAUGACAAACUGUUGCUCUAUAAUAAGACCAACACUCUCUGAUGAGACUUAGGAAGAACCCAAAGUGAAGACUGAUAUCCAUGAAUUUCUAUAAUUCCAGUGCAAAUUAGUGUGAUGAUGAUAUAAAAGUCUGAGAGAAUGUGGGUCAUUUUUCUUCUACUGCCUCUAGGAUUGCAGCUCCAACUCAGCCAUUCCUGCCCAAGUAGCUGUGUGUGCCUACCAAAUGGGGAUGUGACAUGCACAGGAGCCAUCACUGAAAUCCCACACCUAAAAGCCAAUCAAACCUUCCGCCUGAAUCUUACCGACACUCAGAUAACAGUCCUUAAUCCCCGAAGUUUCCAGGAUCUUUUUCUGCUACUCCGCAUCGGAAUUAGGCAGGGUUCUCUUGCCACUAUCCACCCAGAAGCUUUUCAUAGUGCUUCUCAGCUCGUGUCAGUUGUGUUGUCAUCUAACUCUAUCUCUGUCCUUCCGCAAGGAGUGUUCAGUAGCCUGCCGAAUUUAGAACAGCUACGCAUUGACAGUAAUCGACUGACAUCCCUGCGUGCAGACCUGUUUCAACAUCUGGUUAGUCUCAGAACACUGGACCUCUGCAAAAAUCAAAUUGCAAGUUUGGAUGUCGGAAUCUUCCAGAAUGUGACAAGCUUGUAUGAACUGAAGCUGUGUGAGAACUUUCUACAGAAUAUCCCUCAAAUGUUGUUCCAAGACCUUAAGCAACUCAAAUCCCUAAUACUAUACUCCAACCAGCUGACGACUAUAGAGGAAGGUUCCUUUGAUAAUCUAAACAACCUGAAAUUGCUCAUGCUGCAUAAAAAUCUAAUCCGAGAAAUCCCUCCUCGACUUUUUUGGCACAUGCCCUCCCUGUUAACCCUGACUCUGUCUAGCAACCGACUUAGUUAUAUUCCAAAAGAGACCUUGUACUAUCUACCAAACCUUACUAAACUUACCCUCUACAAAAAUCCUCUACUCUCACUGCCAGAGCAGCUGGUAGGUCGCAUGCCAAGACUUCAGGAGCUUUAUUUGUAUGACACCAGUCUUACCACUGUUCCCUCCAACCUAUUUGCUAACAUGACUGGCCUUAGAACUUUAAAUUUCCACUUUAACAUGAAGCUUACCUCGCUACCAAAGGACCUUUUUUGCUGCUUACCCAAUCUCGUGAAGCUAUCGUUAAAAAACAACAUACUGCAGGAUUUACACCCAGAUCAGUUUUCAUCUCUAACCACUCUUAAGGAACUUCUACUUAAUGAUAACAUGCUCAAGUCCCUUUCCGCAAAGAUCUUUCGAAAUUUGCACAGUCUAAGCACGCUGGAGCUGAGCAACAACAAUCUGAAGAACCUCCCAGGAGAUAUUUUUGUGCCUGUCACUGCAUUGAAGUCUGUUGCUCUUGGGAACAACCAGUGGAACUGCACAUGCAGUAUUCUGGACAUUGCAAAAUGGAUGAAGGAAAACCGAAAGAUUGUUUCUGACAUGCAGGAUGUAUUAUGCCAUAAUCCUGUCCACUUAUAUAACGAACAACUCGUGGGGUUAACGAGUGACAGCCUGGGUUGUAACGUCUCCACUCCAAGAGUUCCUGUGACCACUACAAUAGCCCAACAUGUUUCUCGGACCACCACAGGAGGCCAACAUGUUGCUGGGACCACUACAGGAGACCUACAUCUUUAUGUGACCACUACAGGCAUACAUUUUUCAAAAGAAACAUCAUCUUUUACUGCCACAAAAUCCACUAGCAAUGCCCCUAUAGAUACUUUCUCACCAACCACUACUCUUUUAAAUCAUUUCACCUCACAACCCUCUUCUACAACUGCUUCUACUACCAAGGAAGUACACAUUGACGCUGCCAAGUCCAAAGUAUUCUAUAACAAGGUGGUCCUUGUUAAUGGUCCUGAUAUUAUCCAUAAUAAUCGCCACCAGCGCUGGGUGUACCUGUGGACAGUACCUUCUACUGGACUGUACAGUGGGUUUUUGAUGGCUUUGCAUGUUGUUCUUAUAGUCACUGGCAUUCUUCUGAUCAUAGCCAGUGUUUAUGCACUGUACCGUCUACACAAGGCUUUGCGGGAAAUAGGGACGACUCUUACUAGGAACCAUGCAGUCAUAACUAAAAGAUUUAAAGAUUUUAAUAGCAAACUCUAGAAAAAAGUACAAUGUACAGUUCAUUUCAUCUUAUAUAAUUAGUCUGUAGCUGCACUCGUUCUCAAUGACACAUUCUAUUGUCACUUUCACUCACUAUGACUGUCAGCUUGAACAAUGUAUGUUUAUUAAUUAUAACAGCAUGCUAUUAUGAUAUUUUUUGUGCAACUUGUAAGCUAAAAUAAAAAAAUAAAACUUAAAUCAAAUUAAAUAAAAAUACAAAAAUAAAAUAAAAUGUAUAGUGUGUGUAACAAUUGUACUGCAUUGAGUUGUUUUUCAUGUCAUAGUUCAUGCUUUUUAAUUACUGUUUUUGAAUCUUAAAUAAAAUUAAUUAUCAGAUGAAAUGAA